CUGCCAUGGGCAAGGGCCAGAAGUACUUCCCGCCCGCGAAGAGAGGCAAGUUGCGCGCCUUCUUGAAGGGCGCUGGCAAGAAGAAGGCUGUCAUGAAGAGCACCGCAAAGAUGAAGAUGAAGAGGGGAGAUGCCCCCAAGACUCGCGCCCCGAAGAGCGUGCCAUACGCGCGCCACGGAGCCUUGACGACAAAGUCGCGGCGAGACCGCGAACAGUGGGCACGCUGCCUGAAGGACAUCGUGAACCGCCCCCUGAGGACUAUCAUCAACUUGCUCAAGAAGGAUGGCGUCCUGCCCGAAUGGCACGGCGUGGCUUGUCCGCACUGCCAGAGGUCAACGCUCGGCCCUCUCAAGAACUUCGGGGCGAAGGGGGGCGGGUGGGCGCACAUGUGCAAGGGCAGAGACUGCAAGCGCCGCGUACUGCCCCAUGCCUUCCACCCUAUCUUUCGCGUCGGUACUGGGAAGUCCCAUGCUGGGCUUGGUGACCAGGCUGCGAUCUUGUUCUGCGCUGUAUCUGGGUGCACGCAGACGACAGUUCGCUACCUGCUGAAAAAGAACCACAAGUUGGCGGAAUACAUAUACAAGUCUCUGUACGAUGCCAGAGCCAAGUACGUGCGGCGGGAAGAGAAGAAUAUCCGCUUCGGCGAGGAUGUCGAGUGGCCCGACGUCGAGGCGGACGAGGUCGACGUUGCCAAGGGCGAGGACCCAGACGCCACCUCGCGCACCAAGGAGCCAGUGGCGUGGGAGCAGUGGGGCGGGAUUGUCCAGCGCGGAGACCCUAAGUCGCUCGUCCUCUUCAGGCUUCGCCCAGAGAAAACAGUGCGGAGGGCGCCAGGCCCGGGCCCGAUCCGCAAGCGCGACUGGGCCCCGCUGGCCAAGAAGUGGCUCAAGCAACGCAAAGUCAUACUCCACACAGACGGCGCCCGCUCCUACAAGCUGCGCGUUGACGGCGUGGUCCACGACUGGGUCGUCCACGUGAAGAAGCGCGUGAAGGUGAACGGCAAGUACGCGUGGGUCAAGCCAGCCUUCACGAAGGUCAGGUAUCACGACAUUGCAGACAAUGGAUGCUCCAACAAGAAGAAGCGCAUCUGGGUGAAGUGCGGGACCCAGAUCAUUGACCGCGUCUGGGGCGGGUUGAGGCGCCACCUUGGCCCCAACCGCAAGGUGAACUCCCGCGCGCUGGCAAACAAGGUGAGGUCCUUCCAGUGGUGCUACUGGAACAAGGGCGAGGACCUGUGGGCGCAGACGGGCAAUAUGCUUACCGCUCUGUUCCAGCAGCAGCACGAGUGA